UGGCAGUUAGCUCUGGCUUUGCUGGCUGUCUGAUAAACAGCGCCUCUGCGUGGACAAAACUACCCAUUACUGUCAGAAUUAAGUAUAGUAUAGGGAGAUUCUGGAACUGCAAAGGACUGCCAGCGGAUAUAGAACAGUGUGAAAUUAUAAGCAUUUCGGCUACAGCUACUUACAGGCGUCAUGUUUUGACGUUAGCAGCCGAUAACGAGAUGCUAACAGAGACAGCUAUCUGUUAGCUAGCUGACAGCCGUACCAUGGAAUGACUGCAGAGAGGACAACAAAUCCGAUUAUUAUUUAGAGUCCAUGCUAGCGUUGACAGUUAGGUUCACUCUAUUAUCUGUGGCAAAAACGAUGUCCUCUGUAGCAACCAUGACACCCUCUGAACCCCCGGGGAGCCGGGAGGCAGGGGCCGGGAGCCCGGAGCAGAGGCUCCAGAAGCUAUUGGCGGUACCCGGAGCCGAGCCGAGCCGAGUGAACGACUUGCUGCUGCUCCGGCCCGAAGCUGCCACUGAGCCGGGGGAGAGGAGAGGCAACAGGCAUGUGGUGUUUUUUCACGGGGAUAUCCAAAACUUCCAGGAGGAGAUGUCCCUGCAGCCUGACGGGGCCCCGUGGCUCUCCUGGAGUCUGGAGCAGGUGGCCCUCACUCUGGGCCGCCGCUUCCCCGACCGACACGUCUGGGUGGUGCGGGCCUCACGCAUGCACCUCCACAAGUUCAGCUGCUAUGUGAACUUCGUGGACAGCAACAUGUUCGGGGCCCCCGAGCACGGGCCCUACUCUGCUGACUGUGGAUCCUUCCGUCACCUCAGGGCCCUGCUGAGUCACGGCAUGCAGCGAGCCAACCUGCCAGACCCGCUGCAGCCACAGGGGGGGGCUGACGGCGUCCCCUCAGGGUUCUCCCUCACACUGGUGGGAUUCAGCAAAGGAUGCGUGGUGCUCAACCAGGUUGCGUACGAGCUGGCGGGGGCCCGUGCUGACCCCGAUAUGUCCCACUUUGUGAAGAGCAUCUCUGACAUGUACUGGCUGGACGGGGGGCACCCAGGGGGCAGUGAGACCUGGGUGACCAACAAGCGGGUGCUGAAGGAGCUGGCCUCCAGCAAGGUGUCCCUUCACGCCCACGUCACCCCCUACGAGGUGUGCGACCCCAUGCGGGCCUGGGUGGGCCGCGAGCACGCGCUCUUCAUCAAAACCCUGGAAGAGUUUGGGGCCUGUCCCAACAAGAAGCUGCACUUUGAGGGCGAGCCCCCCUCCAUCCAGAGCCACUUCAGGGUCAUCCAGGAGUUCUGAGUUUGCUUUAGCUUGUGAGAGUCGUAUUAGCUGCUCCUGGCACCUGCUGCUGUUUGUCCUUGCUUCUGUUGAACCCCCCAACCAACAAUGGAGAUCUGAUUUGGAGUAGAGUUUGGUUCCAACAUGAAUGAUUGUUGUUGUUUAUGAGGAAUGUUAUCUUCUCAGGUGUCCAUGAAGUGUCAUUUUGAGACUUUUAUUCUAGGGAUUCUUGACUUACGUUUACAUGCUGGGCCUUACUUGGUCAACUAGUUUGAGAAAGUUCUGUUGUCUGUCCUGUAGUUUGAUGCAUACUGUUCACUAAUAAUCAUAUGUUUUUGUUUAAAAAUGACAUUCCAGUUAGUUUCUGUUCUGGAGCGUUCCCUCACCUCAUGAUCAUUCAGCAACAGAAAGCCCUGCUGAUGGACAUCGUGUGCACGUAGAUGAGAGAUGUUGUCAACUGUUGUCUUCGACUUUGACAAGGAACUUGUCUUUCAUUUGUGUUGCUGUUACAAGCCGGCUCAUCUAAUGACAAACUUUUGAAUUUUACGUUUUUUAUUUGAAUUAUAAACAGAGCAGGUUCACAUGCUGUCUAUUUGAUGGAACUUAUCCUCACAAAAUACCAAACUAUCUUAUCAAUUAUGAUUUGUUUCAUGGCUAAAGGAACUGUUAUAUCAUAGCCAUAAGCUUUUUAUUAAACUAAAAUAGGUUUGAAUGUAUUCUGUACAAUGUUUUCCAGUCGAUACGACCUCUGUCAGCUUCUUUGCACUACGCUGACCACUCAUUCAGCUGAAUGUCACUUCAGAUCAUUCCACUGUGUUUACUACUUACAAUGUGGAUACAAUGCAUACAAGGAGAUACCAUUAUCUUUUAAGUUAUUGACCAACCAAAGUAACUUCUUAUUAACCCUCUGCUUGCUAAUUGGUAUUCACUGUCACCAUGAUAUUGUGUCCUGGUUGCUAAUAUAUAAUAUGUUAGUCACUAUUGAACACCACAGAUGGUGUAGCUUCAUACAGGACAGUUCCAGCAGGGGGCAGCAGUGAGGUGGAAGUAUGGUUGACUCGAGGCAAGAAACAGACAGAGACAGUCAGAUAUGUUCUACAACCUUUAAUGAGCGAUCCAGUUUGCUUUGUGAUGCCUACAUGUUAGCCUGCAGUUGAUCAGAAUAGAAAACAAUACGGAUUAUGUCUUUUUUGUCAAUUCAGAUGCAUUCAGAAUGCUCAUACAUAAAAGAACAAAUAUAAAAUGCAAAUUAAACAAACAUCUGGAACA